AUGGCGGCACAAGUAUCAGAGGUGCUACAGCAAGAUUACCGUUUAAAAGAGGCCGAACCGGAACAUUGUCCUGGCCCAGAAUCCGAAAAUGCAGGUCAAGGCGAUGCCUGCAACGGCUGUGCCAAUAAAGAUAUCUGUGAGAGUCUUCCGAAAGGUCCUGAUCCCGAUAUCCCAUUGAUAACAGAGAAUUUGUCACAAAUUAAACACAAAAUACUAGUUUUAUCUGGCAAAGGGGGCGUAGGAAAGUCUACUUUCACAGCCAUGCUUUGUUGGGCUUUGUCAUCGGACGAAGAUCUGCAGGUUGGAGCAAUGGAUCUCGAUAUCUGCGGACCGUCUCUGCCCCGAAUGCUAGGAUGCAAUAGCGAGACCGUGCACGAAUCUAACUCCGGGUGGUCCCCCGUCUAUGUGGCCGAUAACCUUGCUACAAUGUCUAUUCAAUACAUGCUUCCAGAAAACGACUCAGCGAUCAUAUGGCGAGGUUCCAAGAAAAAUGCUCUAAUCAAAAAAUUCCUCAAAGAUGUAGACUGGGACGUCUUAGACUAUCUAAUAGUGGAUACGCCUCCAGGAACAUCAGACGAACACAUCUCAAUCAAUAAAUUUAUGAAAGACUCUGGUAUCGAUGGAGCUUUGAUCGUUACAACUCCGCAGGAGGUGGCACUUCUAGAUGUCCGCAAAGAAAUUGAUUUUUGUAGGAAAGCGGGUAUUAAAAUUUUGGGGCUGGUCGAAAAUAUGAGUGGCUUCGUAUGCCCCAAUUGCAAAGGGCAAUCACAAAUAUUCAAACCUACCACUGGCGGAGGACAAAAAUUGUGUGAAGAACUAGUCAUUCCAUUUUUUGGAUCAGUUCCACUUGAUCCUAGAGUUGGUAAGUCAUGCGAUGAAGGACAAAGUUUCCUCGACGGAUACCCGGAGAGCCCAGCUUCGCUUGCAAUUCUCAACGUAGUGGAGCGGCUCCGUGAUGCAGUUGGUGACAUUUAA